AACACUUGUUAAAAAGGAAAAUGAAUCAGAUUCUUUACCUGAUCUUCAUUGAAAUUGUCAAUUCAAAAGUCAUUUUCAACAGAAAUUAUAGUAAAAUCAAGAAAAUACUUAUAUUUUGUGCGAUCAACCUCGCCGUGAUGACCUACAUGGUCAAUAACACAUAUAACGAAAGGCCUAAGAAUCUUUAUGAAAAGCUUGGCGUUGUCAGGAAAGAAUAUACCCAGGAAGAUGUAGUUGAGAUGACUGCUAAAAUGACUCAGGAUGCUCAGAUAUACGGUGCAAACAAGAAGGAGCUCACCAACGUUAAGUAUAACAUGCUUGCCUUAACAGAAGGAGUCUACAACAAGCAUUAUGAGCUCACUGGCAAUCCUUACUCUCCAUCUAACGAGAAAGAAGAUGACCAAAAAGUCAAGAAGGGAUAUGAAAGUACAGCCUUCCUAAACACAGUUAUUACCUAUAUGUUCACCUUCAUCAUUUUCGGAGUCUUCUUCGCAGCCAAAGAAAGAGCAGUCAUCAAAUCAGUGUUUAUAAUCUGUGUUCUAUUCAUUUAUUUAGAAUUUCAAAUCCUAUUCAACGACUCAUGGGAAGAAGCAAUUGAAGGUGCCUUGCCAAAAUCACGCAGGUUAGCUAGAUUUGAAAAACUGGAAUUCCUCAAAAUAUUGUUCAACCUCUUGAUCCAUAUGUCAGUUGGUUUCUCCAGAGUCUUCAUUGAUGCUGAAAAGAAGUUCAUCAAAGAUGAUAAAGCACAGUUCAUGAAAUUGAUGACUGACAGCUCAAAAUCCAUCAGCAAUAUCCUUGCUGGCUGGAGCAACGAUAACUACUUCAAGAAGGAAGAGAAACAGGCUAAGCCUAAGAUGAGCAAUACCAAGAAGUGCUGAUACAUCACCCUUGCAAUUAUUUUCCUACCUGGAAUCAUUAAUAGUAUUGCCACUGGCAUCAUGGAAGCAUUUAGUGGUGCUGCGAGUCAGAGUAAAUAAUUCAAUACCGCAA